GGUCACCGGAGGGCUGGCUUCGCUCCUCCUCAUGCUCUGCCUCCAAGUGGAGGCCGCGGCCUAGCUGGGUUGCCAUGGAGACGAGCCCGGCAGCUACACAAGCGCACACAGGCCUGAAGGUGGCGGCUCUGCUCGACUGGAUUGAGGGGGAGGUUGGUUGGGGCCGUGGCGGGGCUGUGGGGGGGAGUGUCGUGUGUGUUUCUUUGUGUGUGUGUGUGUGUGUGUGUGUGUGUUUUAAUUUCUUCCAAGCUUUAGUCCGACCACAUGCUUUCAACCCCUGGAGGAAGAAGGCUAAAGGUGAGAGCGUUACUCCCUUAAGCAUGUGCAGAGUGCAUGGUUUAGGCAUACAACCGUAGAGAAGUCCCUCCUCCUCCUCCUCCUCCACCUCACCUCCUGUGCAAUUGGGAGGCAGGGAAUUGGCAGGAACAAAAACUUAUUUUUGGCUCGCUUCAUUUAUUUCGCCUGCUUGAUCUUAGGGUUUGUUUUCAUUCAUUCUCUUAAGAAAUGGCUGUAAACAUAAAAUUGUAGAGUGGGAAGGAAGCCAGUGCAGAAAUCACAGCUAAAUGGGAUGCAUCCAUCGAAGUUCUACCCGUUGAAAUUAAUGCACUUAUUAUUAUUUAUUAAAUUUCUAUGCCACCUUCCAUCCGAAGAUUACAGGGUGGUGUGCAAUAUAUAUAUAUAAAAUACAUACCAUAAUAAAAACAAUACACCCUUAUUGAUUGCAUUAGGUCUCCUCCUCAGAGUAUGCCUAACAUUGACAGAACUUUAUAUGCUUCCUUUCUAUAAACAAUAGUAUUUAAGGCACCUAAGAAAAACCCUUAAAAGGCAUUUCGCGAGCAGCUGCUAUCAAACAACCUUUUGUUUUAUCGGCAUUACCACAAAGCAAAAAAUGAUAUUCAUGGCUGUGCUCUCUCCUAUGAGCAUUCAAACCUGCUUUUUGCAUACAUUUUAUAGGCAACACCAUGAAGGCUUUUCUGAAGAGUCCUGAUGGCAUCUUGGCACUGAGGCCAAAGAUAACCACUAUAGGAAGGCAUGAAGACUCUGACAUCAUCCUGAAGGUGAUUUUAUCAGAUUAACUGAUUCUGCUUAUUGUAUUUGCUGUUAAAUGUCUUACCACGUUUUAGAACCGUUAUUUCUUAGCUUGUGCAGAAUUGCCUGUGAGGUAUGGUGGUUGGAGCAGGGAUGGGGAUGCUCUGGCCCUCCAAAUGUUGUUUGACUACAACUCCCACCAUCCUUGGCUGUUGACCAUGCUGGCUGGGGCUGAUGGGAGUUGGAGCCCAGCAACAUCUGGAGCACCUACAGGUUCCCCACCCCUUGGUAAAAGUUAUGGACCUAGGACAUGGGCAUAGCCAGGAUUUUUGUUAGGAUGGGCAGAACUAACAGGAUUGGUCAGUUACUUAAGUAUUUCUAUUGUUUUACUUGAUCUGGGGGGGUCAACUCCCCCCCGCCCGCCCCUUUGGCUACACCCAUGACCCAGAACCAGAGAGAUACAGAUUUAAAUCCUUGCUCAGCCAUGAAGCUCACUGUCCUGUCUCCCUCCAGAUGUUGUUAGGCCCCAAUUCCUAUCAGCCUCUGCUAGCAUUGCCGGUGGCUAAGGAUGAUGGGCUGGCUUUCAGACUGUGUUCUGGGGUAGACCUCUGUGGCUUGUAGGAUCUAAUUUCUUUUUGUUUUCACUUUUUACUAGAAAUCCCAACUUGGGUCCACCAACUGGAACCAGAUGCAAAAUAGGGGAGCAGGCAGUGGUGUGGGGAGAGUGAGUGAGAGAGACAGAAAGAGAGAGAGAGAGCAAAGCAGAAGCAUACCCUGGAACAUAUGUCUUAGUUACUACAAAUCAGGGCUUCUCACAGCCUAAUUUAGGGGAUGCUCACUUUACCGCCAUAGAGAGCAGUGAAGUUGUUGUUUUUCAGUGCAUGUCACAGUUCUCCCCCCCCCAGCUGUUCACAUCAGUAUGGUUUCAUUAGUGUCAGAAUUGUACACAUCAGGGGAAGCUGACAGAGCUGGGAUGUCUAUGCAAAGGUGUUCACACCUUGGCUAGAGGUGAAUUAUGAACUGCUUAGUGACUCCAGUAGGCGUGAAGCUGGUUUGAGAAACAAGUAUCAAGCAGUAGUAUUGAACAAGUCUGUAUCUCCAGGAAGUUUUUAUGCUGCUGAGUUUUGAAAUGUAACUUUCAGUCUCUAGGGAUUGAAGAGCACCAUGCAGCCAUCGAAUUCAGCGAUUCAGAAAACAGCUUCAUUCUCCGGGAUUUCAACUCGACCCAUGGAACGUUUGUUAAUGAUUGCCACAUUCAGAACGCGGCAGUGAAAGUGAGCCCUGGAGACAUUUUGCGGUUUGGCUCCAAUGGAACAGCCUUUGAGCUUGUGCUAGAAAAUGGACCUCAGGUAAAGGUGAUGUCAUUCAUUUUAUAAGGUCACUGCUUAAUGCUUUUCAUAGGCCCCUUUAUACCCUGCUGUUUGCUUCUAGCACUUCAGUCUUAAACACGUACAAUAACCUGAGUUGUAUCACAGUGAUUGCCAUGUUGCUCAGACAGCACUUAGUGCAUUGAAUCCCAAGUACACUUGAAGCACUUAAUGCCAGUUUUAUUUAUACAGCUUUCCAUAUUAUGCCUGAGGCAACUGAGACCUAUUUGAGAUGGAUGUUUCUCAUAUAAACUAAAAUAAUAAGCAGAGUUCUACCUAUCCCAAUGGUCUACCUGGUUGGGGCAGGGUCUUCAUCUGAAGAUACGUGUGUGUGUGUGUGUAAGAUUGUUGUUGUUUAGUCGUUUAGUCGUGUCCGACUCUUCGUGACCCCAUGGACCAGAACACGCCAGGCACUUCUGUCUUCCACUGCCUCCCACAGUUUGGUCAAACUCAUGCUGGUAGCUUCGAGAACACUGUCCAACCAUCUCGUCCUCUGUUGUCCCCUUCUCCUUGUGCCCUCCAUCUUUCCCAACAUCAGGGUCUUUUCCAGGGAGUCUUCUCUUCUCAUGAGGUGGCCAAAGUAUUGGAGCCUCAGCUUCACGAUCUGUCCUUCCAGUGAACACUCAGGGCUGAUUUCCUUAAGAAUGGAGAGGUUUGAUCUUCUUGCAGUCCAUGGGACUCUCAAGAGUCUCCUCCAGCACCAUAAUUCAAAAGCAUCCAUUCUUCGGCGAUCAGCCUUCUUUAUGGUCCAGCUCUCACUUCCAUACAUCACUACUGGGAAAACCAUAGCUUUUACUAUACGGACCUUUGUUGGCAAGGUGAUGUCUCUGCUUUUUAAGAUGCUGUAUGCUAUAAAUAAUCAAUACAUGGAAUCUGUUGUUGUGGUUGUUUUAUCCAUGUUUCCAACAAUAAGACUUUAUUGGGAGGGUUUGAUUUAUGCCUACGUUUUAUUAUUUUAAUGGACUUUUAAAAACUUAUCCCCCCCAUAGGUCUCCUGCCCUCCUGUGAGUCGCCGUGUAGCCUGGCCAGGGCAGCUACAUUUAGUCACAGAGACAAAGCCUCCUUCACCAGUGGCUGCUUCUCAGUUUCCAUCCCUUCAGUCUCAAAGGUCCCCGCCCAUUAGCCGCAGCUGGUCCUAUGGCGGAAGUGGGACUUUGCCACAUCCACCACUUAGGAAAAGGCCUGUAAAUGCUUGGGGCAGACCGGUUGCUUCACCUUCUUUCUCUCCUGAUGCGUUCAUCAAGCCUUCUGCACCAAUACCAGGUAUUGCCCUAAGCCGCGUGUCGCAUUGCUUGGAAGGCUCAGUAGUGUGGUUCUAGGUAUCAGUGGUAAUUUAUUGUGUAAAUGGUGGCAUUGUGGCUCUCUGCAGACCACCGUAAACAAAAACACAGGUCCCUGCCUGCAAGGAGUUUGCAAUCUGAAUGUCAUAUGUGCAAGAGAAAACAAAGGGAUGGAAGAGGGAAAGGAAUAGAAUGUGCAAUAAAGAGAGAAGAGUAACAAGAGGUGAAUGGUUCUACUUGGGUUGGGAGUGAGCCCAAAUGCUUUACAGAAGAAUUUUGGGGAGGGAUCUAAAGGGUGAGAGAAUUUAGGACCACCCCCCCCCCUUCUUGUGAAUGCUGUAAGUUUUAACUAUUUUUCUGAAUUUUAAAUUGUAACCCACCCUGGGACCAGCUGGUGAUGAGUGAGUCAUAAUAAUAACAACAGGUUGUUGUGCACUACUUGAUUUCUGCUUAAUAGCGGCGACACAAUCCAAAGUCUACAUAUUUUCAAAUUUGCAAUGUGUAGUUGUGUUCAAAUGUAAAAUCUAGCAUUUAUUUCAACUAGCAGUCUUGUACCCAGCAUUGCUCAAAAAUUCUAAGAAAUCAAGGGGUCAGUGCAGUUUUGAAAUCAGUGCAGUUUUGAAAGGUGCAGCAUCCAAUUGUGUCCAAACAUAGACAAAAAUCUGCUACCUGAUCUCAGGAACGAGCAUGCAAAAUUUGUUUAAAAUAUCUUAAGAUGUAUCCAAGCAAACAAGCAGCUUUCCAAAAUGUAUGGUAGUUAAGCCUGGAAGGUGUCAGCUACACUUGCUACACACAUUUUAGUUUCCAUACUUUAAGCACUUAUAAGAAAACCAAGCAGUGAUGAAUAAUAAUGUAGCAUUGCACUUCCUCCCCACCCUCUCUCUGGCACUUCUGUCCCCAAAUUGCUAUCGUCUAAUGAGUUGGCAGAAGUGGGGGGUGGGGUGGGGAGACUGGCUUAUCAGCGCUUGAAGCCAAGUUACAGAAGUGCCUUGGCAAGAAGCAGCAAUAAAAAUGCACCAUCAAACUCAGGGUAAGAUUACUUUUUCACUGUCGCUCUCUGGGUGUCUUGUUCUGUUCCAGGAAGCGGAGCUGCUAUUGGGCCUUUGACAAACGUUCAUCAAGGGGAUGCACUUCUCAAGGAAAGGGUAAGGUUCCUAUGCAGAAGUGUACGAUUAUCUCAAAGUGUUUAAAGCAGUCUUCCUCAACCUGGUGCCCUCCAGUUAUUGUCGGUCUCCACCUCCCAUCAUCCCCGAGUCCAGCUACAUCUGGAGGCCAUCAGGUUGGAAAAGCCUGACUAAGAACAUUUGUAUCCCACCUUCCAUUGAAUUCCAAGGCUGCUAACACUUUGAAACCAAUAAACAAUUUUGAAUACCUUGUUUCAGUUCCCCACCACCGCCCCAGUUUUUUUUGAUGGGCUAUGAUUAUGUUGUUUUGCUGCUGGUGUACUACCAGCGUGUUCUACUGGUGUUAUGGGGAGGUUUUUUGUCUAUUUUUUAUGAAUUGCUUGUCUUUUUAUAAAAAUAUAAAAAUAAAAAAAUUGUCUAGUAGCACCUUAUAAACCAACUAAGUUUGUUCUGGUAUAAGCUUUCGUGUGCAAGCACUUCUUAUUUCAUGGUGCCUGAGUACUGGUUUGAUAAGAAUGUUACUAGAGGGUGAAUUUUAGGGAACAGGGCAGGAUAGCGAAUUUGUGGCUCUCCAGAUAUUUGUUCUUGGACUUCAAAUCCCAUCAGGCCCAGCUAAUAUGCCCAGUAGACAGAGAUAACGGAAACUGCAGUCCCACAAUAUCUGGAAAGCCACAUGUUAGUCACCCCCGGUGUAAGGCAAGUAAAUUUCAUGCAAAUAACUGCUUCAGAUGGUGAAAUAUGUAUAUAUUUAAUAAGUAGAAUAGAUGGAUUUGGCAUAUCGUAAAGAAUCCAGUGUUCACUUUGUUGAGGAAUAAGAAAAAACAGAAGCUAGUCAGGAACAAAGGCAUGUUAUGGUCCCAAGCAGCUGUAUUCCUCUACACAGGACGAGGUAAUUCUGAAAAUGGGGAAUGAAAUCAGCCGCCUCUCUGGCUUUGAAAGUGAGUGCAGUCGCAAAGACACGGUGAUAGCAAAUCUUCAAAAUGAGAUUGCCAUGAUGACAGAGAAGAUGAUGGCAGCUCUUGCCAAGAAGGACGCUGAGUUUCAUCAGAAGCUGGUGGACCUUGAACAAGAUGUUUCCGCAAAGACAAAAGAGAUUAAAGCCUUGAAAGAGGAGGUAUGGAGGGACAGGGAACAGUGAUGGACCUGAGGUUCAGAAAUAUAGGAAGCUGCCUUCCUCUGAAUUAGCCUGAUAUUGUCUACACUGACAGCAUCUUUCCAGGGUUCAGACAAGGGUCUUUCCCAGCCCAUCUGCCGAUGCUGGCAAUUUGAACGUGCAACCUUUUACCUUCAAAGCAUGUACUUUAUCACAGAGCUACAGCUGGGCUUGGAGAAGAAUAUCUUCGGUCCACUUUUUUUAAACGGACCAACCCAAUCCGACACUCAUGAACUGGCUUGCAGAUUGGAAUGCACCUCCUGGUUGGAUUGCACUUGUCUUCAGAUUUUGGAGUGCUUUUUUUGCUGCACAAAAAGUGCACACAAAAGAGGUGUUUUACAUAACAAAAUGCUUGUUUUACUGGUGAAGACAUUGAAAAGUAUGUCUUUUAUGUAAAACGGGAAAGGUCAGGAUGGAUUGGACCAACCCCCUCCUUCCAUCUCUUUUUUUUUAUUAUUCUUUCUGACUUACUGAUCAGUGGCAAGCCAUGGUUUGCCCAGUUUGGAUGCAGCAGUGAGCAAUAGUUUGCCAUUAAUCAGGAAGUCAAGGAGGGAACUGGAGCAUGUAGAUGGAAGAGUGAAUGCAACUGCUUUUGGCUCUUUGGGUUUUUUUUCCACAUGUACGGCUUAACGGUGCUUCUUUCAUCCGGCUUUUUAAUGUUAAUGGAAAACCUACAUUGGCCAGUAUAUUCACUCACAUUCCAGUCACCUCUCUUAUUUAUUAACAGCACGUGUGUGAAUGCUGCAAGAGGCACUCAAGCAAUUUAAACUUGAUGUAUGAAAACACACAAAGCUGUUCUCACCACUAUCGGCCUUUUUCCUGGGCUGCAUUUAUUAAAGUUGUAGACAUUCUGCCAUUCUGCCAUUUAUUAAAGUUGUAGACCUGUGGGGGCUCACAGGUUAUUUGGUGAUCCAAGGAAGUUGCCAGUGGGACAAGGAUAAGCAUAAAAUAAUGCACAGCUGUAGAGAUCUGCCUAGAUGUCUGGGUUUAGAAUGGAAGAGCCAAUGAGUGGGGUUCAGGCAGCCUGACAGCAAAAUUGGAGACCUGGUGAUGGAGAUACAUUGUAGGAAUACGCAGGGGUGUAGGUAGCUGCUCCGGCACCCAGAGUGGUGGGGCGGGGCGAUCCGCCCCCGCGGGCGGCGCAGCAAGCUGCCCACGGAGUCUGCCUGGUGGACGCAAGCCCCACACUGCCGUUUUGGGCAGUGUGGGGCCCCGAGCCACCGCAUCACUCCCAUGAGAGACAUGGGGCUCGGGCACACUGCAGGCCAGGCCCCACGGUAAAUGCCAACCCCCGCAGUGUGCCAUUUUGUUACCCCCCUCUAGAAUGACACCCAGGGUGGGCUGCACCCCCCUUCCUACGCCCCUGGGGAUACAGAACAUGUGACUCUCCAACUCCCCAUCAUCCCUGACCAUUGGCCACGCUGGCUGGGACUGAUGGGAGUUGGAGUCCAACUGCACCAGGAGGCCCCCAGACCCCCCACCUCUGCUCUAGAAGGUAAUGAAUGAAUGAGAAGGAAAUGAAACAGUUCUGCAGCAGCAUUAAUGCCCAUUGCAGCUACACUACUGUGAUUCCUGAAAUGCCUGACCAGGGGCCACAGUCACUUGCCACAGUGAGAGUGCCAUCUCCCUUUGACUUGGCUUUGCGGAGCUGCACAAAUCCUGUCUUCUCCAGACUCCCCACCCAGUGUAAUGUGACUAGGAUCACUGCAUGCCUGCUUCACAGGGUUUUUGUUGUCUGCAUUGGUGCUAUAGAAAUGCACGAUUGAAUCCAAAUUGGUGUGAACUGGCUGUGUUCUAUCUUUUGUUUCCAUAAUCAUGUUUGCAAUAGGUUUGCAACUUGCAGAGUAACACGAGUGAAGUGUUGUACCAUUCCCUUUCUGAACGAGACCUACAAAUUGCACACUGGAAGCAAGAAACUGAGGCGCUGAAGAAGAGCUGUUCUCUUACAACAGGUGUGCUUUGCCCAGUCAGCAAUAACUUUGGGAUCAUUUGCUCCUUAUUUUGUACAGCUUGGGUCAGUUCUUUCCCUCGGCGCCUUAUAUUUGGGAAGCUCAAAUUGGCUUUUAAGGGCUUCCUUUUUGCAGUCAUCCAGAAGAACCUCUUGCGUCGUAACCAGCAUUAAUCCUACUCAGAGUAGAACCACUGUGAUUUAUGAACAUCACUAAGUGAAGUCUACUCAUUUCAGUGAGUCUCCUCUGAGCAGGUUAUUUAUUUAUUUCAUUAAUAUUCUUUAAGAUGUCAUUAUGAAGAUUUUUUUUAAAAAAAUCUAUGCCUUAUUAUUUCUUCCCGCAGGACUGGUGACCAGUUUGCAAAAAGACAUUACAUCAAAGGAUCAUAACAUCCAGCAAUUGAAAAUAGAGGUGGAGAAGUUUAGGAGAGAAAGCAGGGAGAAGGAUAACCAGCUUGCCCAGGUUUCUGCCCAGGUGAAUAAUUAUGUUUUUUAAAACCCUGCUUGGAUUCUAGUAUGUGGGGUGCUACCCCACACAAUGCACACACCCGUCCAUUAUGUUCUUCCCUUUUGAAUAACUAAAUUGUAGGAAUAUAGGAUUAACGUUGACAAAGUGCAUGAUUAGAGCUCAAGGACACAUUCCAGAAAAGAAAAGAAAAGAAAAGAAAAGAAAAGAAAAGAAAAGAAAAGAAAAGCAGAGCCAGUGAAGGGUGUGGCUUAAGAGAGAUUUAUCCAGAUACAGAGGGUUGCAUUUGGUUCCUGAGGUUCCCCACCCCUGGAGUAGCGUUUUGUGUGGAGUUGCCAGGAACCCCCAGCUCAAGACAUGUGACACCUGUAGACUGGCUCCACUCACUGUAGAGGGAGCUGUAGGCAUUUGCUGACCAUCCCUCAGAACUCCCUAGAGAGUCAGGUGAUGCAGUAGAACCAACCCCUCUGCACAGCCUGCUAUGCCGCCUCAUGGCCUCCUACUGCUCUUCCUUGCUCUGGAGUAACCAGGAAAGGCCACCUGGUUGCCAUUUUGUGUUUCAUGGGUCAUGCCUUCUACCUUCUUUCCAUCGGUGCACGAUGCUGUGCCUCCCAUCCUCACUUUCAGGUUGGUUCUUGAAUUAGUCUGGCUCUUGAAUUCCACUGUGACUCAUUAGUGCACUUCCACUUCUAUUAUCAUUCCUGAUUCUUAUGUGUGUCUUUGAAAACCAUGCAAGUCUCUUUAUGUUGGAUGCCUGCCUUUGUAACAAUAAGGCUCCCUUUCAGAGUAUUUAAAUUCUGGGGCAGGGUAGGUGUUAGGUGACCUCUUACGAACUACACAGUCUCAGCCCCUAGUUCCAAUUUUAGCCAAACCAUGCCUCCCUGUAGCAUUUUAAAAGAAUAGGCAAAGGGACAUUUAAAAGAGUUAGUUGUGCAUCUCUGACUGAUCAAAGCCCUUUCUAAGAACUGUAGGUUUGACUUGUGCUGCUUCGUGCAUUGCUGUUUCUAUCCCAGUCUUUUGUAACGUUCUUAACUAAUGAGUGCUCUUACAAACCUUCACUUUUGCACAAAGGUCUGUACCUCUCCUGCAUCUAUUUUUCACUAGUACUCCUGCAGUGAUUUAAUACUUGGGGGAUGUAUUUUUUAAGCGAAUAAAUCUCCUGAUCAUUACUAUCACAGGAAAUGGCUAAGAUCCAAAGAGGUCUUCACGCCUAAUGGAAUAUCUGCCUUUCUCAACACGGUAUUGCAAAGUCCCUUCACACUGUUGUACCUUCAGAAGAUACCUCCCUGCAUUUUACUUGCCCCAUAAGUAAACAUGGCUUCUCACGACCUUUGCAAAUCAAAUACUAACUGGGUUGCAGGACUGGCACCAGGCUUGAGUACAUAUUUACCAGCUGGACACCCACUCACACCUAGCAUCAGCAAUCAGGAACCCCCUGAAUCAUUAGUUCCCCACUGCCACCCCAUGCCACCAUUGCUGCUGGUGUCCACCAACACUUGCCCUCCCCUGGCACAACUGUGGUUGCCUGUCACUCUCUAGACGGGUUUACCCAGCAUGGUAUAGCUACUGUUACGAGCUGAGCAGCUUCUGCUCCACUUAGUGCUCAGGACUCCUGUACUACAACCCCCAUAGCUCAUUGCUAAUCUGGGCAUUGCAUGGUUGGGAUUUUAGCAUGGCAUCAAGUCAAGAGCUGAGCCAUCACCUGGCUCCCAACAGAGGCUGCACUGCAGCAGGUAAUGCUUUUUGAAGGGAGGGGGUGCCUGGAGGCUGUAGCACUGCCAGCACCAGCACCAUAAGCAGCAGCCGAGGCAAGGUGAUGCCAGCCCUGGCGAGCUCUGCUGGGGCUCAUGGGCCCUGGCAGCUGCCCAAAUAUGCCAGGUGCGAUGCAUUUCUUCCCCCACCCAUCCCCACCUCCACUUCAGGCAAACUACUUGCAAUUUUAUAAACAUUAAUUCAAAUGCAAUUUGGAAGUUUUUCCCAGUGCUCAACUUCUUAUUUAAAACACACACACACCAUCACAAGUUGUAGACAGCCGGCAUGGUGCACAACCAGCUUCUGCUCCAAACAUGCAGAACCAGUUUUCUAGGCAUGAGCAAAAGGCAGUGUGGAUGCUGCCGCCCUCUGUUUCAAUUAGUUUCAGUUAAAAAUACUGAUUCAGAUGCUUUGGGGCUGACUUGUUUUACCUAUAUAUUCAUACUAUUUAUACACUUAACCCUAAGGCAGUCUCUUGGUGGUUUACACAAGGACACAUACACAAUCUGUCUAUACACCCACCUACCCAUCUAUCCAUCUAUCUAUCUAUCUAUCUAUCUAUCUAUCUAUCUAUCUAAGAGGUGGGGAACAUUUGGUCAUGCCUGGCCAUUGGGCAUGUUUGCUGGGACUGAUGAGAGUUGUAGUUCAACAACAUUUGGAGGGCCGACUGUUCCUCACAACUGAUAUAUAAGGGGUGGUGGUGGAAUGAAACAGGAAAACAAGAUAUAAUACAAUGAUGUAAUGCAAUGUAAUGUAAAACAAUAAAAUCCCCCAUCACAUUUUGAAAGUGCCUUAUCAGGAAUCUCUUGCUUCUUCAGCCUCUGUCUUUCCAAAGGCAAAGCAUGAUUCAAAAUAUGCAUCCCUAACCCCACCACACCUCUCAUCCAAACUCUGCCAUGCAUUUACACAAAUCAUAUGGUACGUCCUGCUCAUGCAGUAUCAAUCAUCCACCAAUCCACACAAAGACACCAUCCACCCAGUCACUCCCGUACUCUACUAAAAAUGGAAGACAAUGAAACCAUUCACGGUGAGUUGUGUUGUGCUUUGGUUUCCAGCUGGCAAGGUUAAUUCAAAACAAAUGUUUUUAAUGAAUAUGGCCCAGGGCUGCAUUCCUGCAAUCAAAGUACUCCCAUGUAAAUAUAUGUUUUGUAUUUGGGGCGUUCCUUUCAUUUGGCCAUCACCUCACCUGUUUUCAAGGAGCUACUACUAGUCCUUCCUUUGGCACUUGGCUUGUUUAUCGCCUGGUCCACAGUACACAUGCACCCUGGUCCGGAUUUGCUUGCCAACUUUUUUACCCAUCUGUCCCUGUUCCUUUGAACAGCUGGUCUGCUGCUGAGAGUAGCACUUCCCUGAAAACAGCCUGUGGAUUGUUGCAGACCAGGCAGCUGUUUCAAGGCAGAGGAGCAGGCCAGGCUGCUUUUUAUCUCGUUAGUUGAAAACUGUGUUUGGAUUUAUGGGAGAUAGCUGGGAAUCGCAAGUGGCGACAGCACUGCUGCACUCAAGACCUGCUUGUAGGCUUCCCUUUGGGGCAUCUGGUUGGCCACUGUGAGAACACUAUAGACUAGAUGAGCCUGUGUCUUGAUCCAGCAACUAAGCUCUUCUUUAGCUUGCAUGUGAGAAAGCUACUGCCCCCUAUAAAUACAUGCUUGUAUACUUGAUGCGUAGCUCUGAUUGUCUCUGUUGCGUUUCUGUAUUUUGGAUCUGCUGGUAGUUAUUAUGGUCCCUAUAUGUUGGCUGGUUUAUUUUAUUUUAUAUUUUAUGGCAUACAUAAUCGUUGUGUCGUGGCUUCAAAAUGUAGGGUUGUGGUGUGUGUGUUGUUGUUUUUUAAAAAACCCUUUUGGUGGUAUUUUUAUGAUGCUGUAAACUGCUCAGUGCUUUCUCUGAAAUAUGGAACAAAUAUAAACUACGUAAAUAAAUCAGAGAAGGGUCACCUUUCCCAACAGGAUGCCCAGGGUGGCUUGCAGCCAACAUGUAAACAAAACAAAAAAAUUACUAAAAAGAAAAUCACCUCCCUUAAAUACAGGCUUUGCAAACUUUGCAUCCUUUGGUCCUGUUGCUUGAUAAAAUCAAGUAUAUCAAAACCAGAAACAAUUUCUAGAGGGGGCAGGCAUGUUAUUUUGUUGCUUCCAAAAUAGCAAGAGAGUCUUCUUGCGCCACAUAAAUGUUUUAGUCUUUCAGGUGCUACUGGACUCUUAGAAAUGGGCGUGAACAUUAUAGACUCCCUGGUUAUUGGCCACAUAUCACAAGCAUAUCACAAGCAAUAAACUCAUUGCUUUGUCAAAAGUUAUGGCCGAGGGGACACCUGUUACAAAAGAAAUCUGAGAUGGGAAGACCACUUAGUUUCCAUAUAAUGCUGGAAAUUAUAAAUAUGGAAAUCAUCUAUUGGUUUUGAUCUCAUGAUAUUUGAAAAGCCUUUUUCAGCCUGAGGGCCACAUUCUCUUCUGGGCAACCUUCUUAGGGCUGCAUGCCAGUGUUGGGUGGCCCAGAGACAAAAGUGGGCAUAUUGACGAAUGUGAACUUUACUUUUGUGUAUCAGGCUAGUUUCUACACUCGCUCGCACACCGCUCUCUAUCCUCUGUCCAGGCAAGCAAGAAGCACUAUCAGAGUUCAGGGACACAAGGGCAAAAAUAUUUGGGGUACAAAGCAAGGCCAGUGAGCUAUAGAAAUACAGAAUAACAUACACCAUAAAUACAACAGAGGAGCAUUUAAAGUGGCUAGAUGAAAUCAGUGUUCUGGAAAUGCUUGCUGAAAUAAAAAUGUUUUUGCAGCAUGCGAAAAACCAUGCAAUGUCAGCAUCUGCCUCACCUUCACUGGUGACUUUGCUUUGAACGAUACCUUUGAAAUAUAAAGAGAUUUGAUUUCUGGGACAUGAUUCACUUCCCAAAAUCUCAGGGCUCUGGUCAGCCUAAAAGGGGGUGAGGUGCUCUUUAAGGCCCUCUGGCUCAAGUUGUUUAUGGCUUUGAGCACUAGUUGUGAAACUUUGAACCUGAACAGGUAGUGUAUAGGCAGCUAUUGCAAUUCCUGGAGCACAGGUAUUACAUGCUGUUGGAAAGUUACUCCCAUCAGCAACCAAGUUGCCAUGCUGAAAAUUCUGGACCAGGCUUAAGGAAAGCGCCACAUAAAGCACAUUGCAGUAAUUAAGUCGUGAGACUACCAACACAUGGACUGCUGUACGUAAGUGAUCGCAGUCCAGGAUACCUUAUGUUUUAACUGGCAAAGAAAAGGUCUUCUUCUCCUGCUUUCCCCAAAGCAAGCUGGCUUUGACUGGCAAUAUAGCUGACAUUUCUUAAUCUGUGUCGUUCUUGCUCAGAUUCCAGUGCUCAUGGCUCUUUUGUUUUUUCUUCCUUUGCUGUAAAACUCUUGCAGAAGUCUUUAAUAAUCAGGGAGCUAGUUGAAGGCGCCUGCAUUUAGAAUUGAUAUUUUGCAUUGGGAGGGGGGGUGUUAUGUUUUUUUAAAAAACAACAACAACAAAACAUUAUUUGUUGUGAAAUUUGAACUUCCAAAUGGGAAUAAGGUACCCUUCUAUAUACCAGAAGGGCCAAUGUGAACAUGAUAAUGCCUCUCUUGCUUGAUCAUGUUUCCCUUCAUUGCUGUUCGUUGCAGUGUGCUAGGAUAAAAGAGGAAAUGAAGCGUGAAUUCAGAGAGAGAGAAGUAAAUGCUUAUCAGAAUGUGAGUUAGCCUUCAGUUUACUUAACAUUUGCUUAUGAAUAUAACACCCAUGCAGACUUAGAAUGAUAGAUGGAUUUGCUAGCAGUUUAACCCUUUAUUAGUUUUAAGAUUGCCUAUUGCAAAUAGGGGACUGCAGCACCUGUCUUGCACUGUGUGCUUUCCUCCUAGCUGGAGUGCUCCUCUUGAGCAUUCCAGCCUCAUUCUCAUCUAGGAAACUCUAUCCCAUUUCUCUGCCCUGCCCCCAAAAUUUCUAUUUUCCUUUUCCAGCUGGCAGUAAACAUUCUAGGCUGAAUCAGGGCUACUCCUACUCAGAGUAUAAAGGUAAAGGGACCCCUGACCAUUAGGUCCAGUUGCAGAUGACUCUGGGGUUGCGGCGCUCAUCUUGCUUUAUUGGCCGAGGGAGCCGGCAUACAGCUUCCAGGUCAUGUGGCCAGCAUGACUAAGCCGCUUCUGGCGAACCAGAGCAGCACACGGAAACCUGUUUACCUUCCCGCCAGAGCGAUACCUAUUUAUCUACUUGCACUUUGUGCUUUCAAACUGCUAGGUUGGCAGGAGCAGGGACCGAGCAACGGGAACUCACUCCGUCACGGGGAUUCGAACGGCUGACCUUCUGAUCGGCAAGCCCUAGGCUCUGUGGUUUAACCCACAGCGCCACCUACGUCCCUACUCAGAGUAUACCCAUUGCAAUUAACAGACAUGUCUGAUUUAGGUCCAUUAAUUUUAGUGGGUCUGAUUUUGAGUAGUUUUUAGCUGACUACAUUGAAGUUUUUUGCAGAGUAAGUCCAUUGAAAUACUUUAAUGUCCAUAAAUUUCAAUGAGUCUUACUCAUAAGGAGUGAUUUUAGAUACAAUCUUUUGUGGCCGCUGUGCAUGCUCAAACUUCAUUUUUUUCAGGAGAGGUGAGGUUGCUCCUUUCGCAUCUACCUAUAGUUUGUACUUCUGCAAACCUUGAGGCUCCCCCAAACAGGCUGCCCUUCCUUCUUGUUCUUUAGUGGUUCUGUUUCGGCUGCAGUUCCUCUCAGCACACACCAGUCGUGUUCAAUAUUAGAAGGCGUGGCUUAAGUAUUACAUGUUUAAAUAUGACUGGAAUAGAAAUCAGAUCCGGUCAGGAACUAACCACAUUAACUGCCUGAGAGGCAUCAGUUCUGCUUUGAAUAAGGAUGGAAGCUGUGACCACAGUCCGCUAGAAUUUCUUACUACCCAUAGCUCAGAGGACCUCUGCAUGUGUUUCUUACAUACUAAAAAAAAUCCUUGGGAUAAAGUUUGGUGUGAUUUUCUACAACUGAUCCUCCCCACUUCCCUCUGGUGCCUACAGCAAAUCAGCGAGCUGGAGCUACAGGUGAAGAGAUACAAAGAAGACAUAAAUAAGUUCCGCACGGAGCACGGAAUGUUAACCAACAAACUUGCUGAAAAAACAAAGGUAAAUGGCUAUUUUCUUCACAGUUUUCCUUGAGGGUAGCUUCUAAAAUAGGAGUUCUGGGAGUGAGGGUACCAGCAGCACACACACACACACACACACACACCGUAAAAAUAAAAAUAAAUCAUUAUUUAAAUGUCUAUUCCAUGGGUCCACCCAAAGGAGCCCAGGGCAGCAAACAGAAAAAUAAAACACACACACAUCAUUAAGAGCAUUGGUGAAAGUGGCCUUUCUGUGCAUAUCCUAUCUCGCCACUAGAUGGCAAAGUAACCACAGGUAAAAUGUUCACAUCUAGUCAAAGACUGUCCAGUCCAGAAUGGCACAUUCCAGUCAAACACACUAACCAUAGAGGAUUACAUUGAUCAUAGAUUUGUUGUAUCAAAGAGUUGGCAAGAAUUAGCUACGAUACUUGUGAAAAAGAAGCAGCAAAAUAACUCAUUUACACCAAGAGUGGGCAGUAGAUAGAACGUGAUCUACUGGUAGAUUUUGGGGUGGUUUGCAAGGGUUUCUGACUCCAAAUUGUUUUAACAAUGGCAAGAACAAAGCGGGUUUUUUGCACCUAAAUUAGGCUACUGAAAAGCUAACUGGGAGAGACGCAUCUUGUCCUUUGCUUUUGUAUCUUUUGCAGUUUGGUCUGGCUGGUAGGUCUUUCAUUCCUUAUGAGAAGCAAAGCAGAUGCAGUAAGCCUAAAGUCUGCCCUCCCUCUGGCCCCACCCUAUUUUUGUACAGCCUUGCUAUCCCCAGACUUUCCCUGUUUCAGGCUGAAGGGGACCUGAAAAAAGAGUGUGAGAGGCGAUCCCAGCAGUUACAAGAAAUGGGGCGCAGGGAGCGCCUCAUUAAGUCGGAUCUGGAUCUGGCAGCAACUCAGGUAGGGGCAGCUGAAACAUCAGUUAUGGUGUCCUGGUUUGCACGUGGUUUAAUUAGCCAAAGUGUGGCUUGCUUGUUUAAAUGAUCAAGUGGAUUCUGGUCCAUUAAAAUGUAUACAAUAAGAAAAUGUUUUGGGUACCACAAGAUUCCUAGUUGCUUUUACAACCCACUGUAUUUCUCAGCAAGGAAGUUAGUGCACUCACUGGAAGUUUUUAAGCAGAGGUUGGAUGGGUAGCUGUCAGGGAUUCUUGAGCUGAGAUUCCUGCCUUGCAGGGGGUUGGACUAGAUGACCCUUGGGGGUACCUUCCAACUCUACAGUUCUGUGAUGGAAGGGGGGUGGUCCCUGCUGUCAGUUAAGUUUUACCAUCAACCUUUUUUCACUCUUGGUUUUCUGCCGUUAGGCACAGCGCUUUAGACACCAACUUACCAAAGCUCUCUUUUCACAACUUCCAGAGAAGGCACUAACAGAUCAGCAGGUAAGAUCUUUGCCCAUCAAACACAGGAAGAUUAAUGUUGUGCUGUGGACCAUGCUGUUGCCCACUGCCUUUGUUGAGUUCCUUGCCAUGCUAUGGGCACUAAAAAAAAAUACGUAAAUGAUUUAUAUACUUCUGAAAUACAAGAGUUCCUAAGUGGUUUACAAAGAUACAGUACACAAAAUAAGUUAAAACUAUAAAAUUGAACCUCAGUUGAAAUGCCUUCCGUAGGUGCUGGAAGUUGCGUAGGAAGGAGGCCUGUCUGACCUCAGCUGGAAGGGAGUUCCAAAAAAUUGGACCCACGAUACUGAACACACAACUCUUGGUAAAUGCAAGCUGUGCCUGCAAGCCAUAGGGGACCACUGAAAGGUCCCCCAGCAGGCCAGCCCUGAUUAAGAGCAUCACACAAGACAAACACACACACACACACACACACAGAGAGAGAGAGAGAGAGCCUUAUGGGGUGGAGGUGUAUGAUGAGAAUUCACCAGAUUCCAUUAUUGUUGUACUGAUACAAGAGGUGAAUUUUGAGCAAAACAGGCGGUGGGGACAUGUGCUUUCAACACGCAGCUUUACUUUUUAAUGAGGAAAUGAAUAUUCAAAUGUAUUUCAGGUGGGAAGUGAAGCAUAAAUCCCAGGAGUGAACAGAUAAAUAAUAUAUUCUGACUUUUUCUUUGUUAACCCACAUAUAACAGAUUGUUGAGAAGAUAGAAGAAAUCCAGGUGACCAGUGAAGAGUAUUGCCAAAGGGAGGCACUGCUGAAAGAGGAGUUACUUGCCAAGAACUCUGAAAUUGAGGAAGUGUCUGAAAACGUUGAUCUGUUGAAGAAAGCAUUGGAUGGACUUCAGGUAAUGCCUUUAGAAACAUCUUUAUAGGAUAUUAGCUUUCUCAUUUUGUUUAGAUGAGUUAUGGUGGAAUUCUACACAUGCAGGUUGCACAGGAAUGGUCUGCAGCAGGGGCAGAAAUGCUCAGGGCCAGGGGCCACAUCCUGCCCUCCAGACCUCUCUGCCUGGUCCACAGGACUCUUCCCAGGCCCUACCCCUCACCGGCGGUCCUGCUCCAUGCUCUCCUUGAAUGCUUUUGCCUAGCUGGAAGUGCCCCUGAACUGCAGUAGUGUCACUGGUUUGCUUGAUCGGAAAAUGUAUGGAUGUAGAAACCUCUGACAUUUGCACCACCAGGAUGAAGCCAGUUGUACAGAGGAAAGAAUUGCACCUGUUGCUCCACCCAUUUUGUUCCUCUGGCCCCACCCAUCACUGUCAUGAAAAAGGCUCCACUGGUCAUCUAAAGAAGUCCAGUCCAGAUUGCUAAAACAACUCCCGAAAAGAAUCCGUCUGUGUGCCUUCCAGUAUCCAGUUCAUCAGGCUUAUACUUGGGAAUUACUUUUUUUUAAGAAAGAAAAAUAAUUGGCUUGGGUAAUUGCUCUGGAGUGUUGAGAGAUGACUUGGGGGGAUUGUUAUCUUUUCUGAAUUCCUUCCUUGUAACAGGAAGAUGAGGGCUGUUGAAACACAACACCAAAUGAUUUAUUGCUAGAGCAACUAGCUGUUACAAAAACAGCCGAGAAUAUUAUGUGGGGAAAUGAGUCUUCACUGCUGCUUCAAGAUAAGAAUGACCCACACUCAUGUCUGUGUGGGUUUGCUUCUUCUCUUCCCUGUUUUCUUGCCAGGAUUUCUUGGGAACCUCUUAUUGCAGCAGCAGCUUGAAGAAAGAGAUCUGCAAUCUCCAGAAUCUGUGCCUGACCCCGCCUGCCUUGGGAGUCCAGACCUCAACAGCCGGAGUCCUCUGCAGUUUGCUGGGCUGGGUGGAUGCAGUGGAAUGUCUCCUUCGGGAUGUGGGGCUUGAUGUGUCUGGCUCUGAAAAAGGUUCCCUUGCCUCUCUUACAUUUUCUGUGCACAUUAAUCAUACUGUAGGUCCCUAAGUGAGAGUGCAAUGCUGCCGUAGGUUCACUGCCCCAGCCAAAGUACUCUCUUCCCUCCUCAUCAUAACCAAAAUCCAGCACCUGCAUUGUAACCAUGAUCCGCCCCACCACCUGCCAACAGUUUAUGAUGGUUGAUAAGUUAGUAAGCAUAACCAUAAUAAUUUUACUUUUAGUUUUUAGUAUUUUACACUGCUUUGUGUGCCAUUUUUGGCAGAACUGCAGUUUAUAGAUUCCUAAACAAAUAAACAGAACCUGCUAUAGCUGCUUUUUGUAAAAUAAAAAGACAGUGGGAGUUCCAACCAUGUGUUUUUUGAUCCUGAAAAUGGAACAUAUAAUCCAGGAAAGAGAAAGAUUAAUUGUCCAGGUGGAAGGCAAUGGCAUUAUGUACGUACACACAUACAUGUGCGAGCACACACCCCUUUCAAUCCUGAACUUCCUCCAAUGAGCACAGGCCAGUGUUCAUGAUCCCACCCACCCCAUUUCAUUCUCACGACAACCCUGUGAGGCUGAUGGGAGUCCGUCAACUUCUGGAGGGCUGCAGGAUCCCUAGUCCUGCCCUAGUCUGUUUUUCACUGCUGCACCAGAAUGAGCUCCGUUUAAGGAAACCUGGCUAAAGAAAGGAAUUUUCCAGGAAACAGAGGAGAGAGAUGAAGCCUGGUCACUCCCUUCUGUUAUCAUGCUUGUCUGUCUUUGUCAGGAAUGGCUUCCUACAUGAAGAAGCUGCUGGGCAAACACCAUGAGACCAUGGCCAAACUCCAGACGCUGCAGGUAAAAGGUGUUUUCCCUGAAGUGAGCUUCUCUGGUUGAGGCCAGUAGCCCAAAGCAGGCCUGACGGUCUGAAUCUUUUACUAUAGAACCAGCUAAAGAUGGCAGAGAUGUCUCAGGAUUCCCUCCUGCAGGAGAAGCUAAAUGAACUGAAAGAAAAACUUGAGGAGCGAUUUCGAGACAGAGAGCGAGAACUUCAGGAGAAUGAGAAGGUACAAAGAAAGCUUAGGGGUGUUUUAAAAAGUGUUUGAACCCACCUUCUAAAUGGAAGUGGCACUGGGGACAUACUAGGCCUACAUAGUAAGAACUGAAAAAGGUGGAACAAGAUGCCCUGAUCUGCUAUCAGGGAGGAGCCCACAGAGCAAGGCAGGUCAGUUGUUGCAGCAUCACAAAGUAAUAACAAUAGUAAUAGUAGUAACAACAACAACAAUACAAAAAUGCAAUUACCUAAGUCUACCCCCUUUGGAACUGGUAUCUUAAUAAUUCUGGUCCUCCAUCCAAUCAUGCUGUGAGCGUACAUCUCAGUAGCUCAUAUGCUUGGUAUUUUGUAACUCCCCCCUCCCCCAAUGCUGUGCCCAAUGCAGCUAAUUAUUUUUUAAGGGCCUCUCCCACCAGAAUGUUAACUUAACGUUUGUUCAUCUGUCACCAAGCUGUUUCUGCCUAGCAAAUUUCCUUCGUUUGCUUUAACGAUGUUAACAAGAAGAAUUAAAUUACUUUCCCAGGUUCUGGAGGGGCUGGCUGCCCUGGAGGAAGCAAAAUUAAAGGAGGCCAUUGAUGAAGAAAAGAAAAAGGUCCGAGAUUUGGAAGCUCAGAUGAAGCGAUCGGCUGAGGUAUGUAGAAAUCUGUGGGCCUGCCUCCUCAUUGCCAUCCCACAAUCUCCUCUAGCAGACAGCUAGAGAGAUAAAUAUUUAUAUUGUGCAUUUUGAGUGUUCAAAGGAAGCACUUCUUCCUACAUUAAGUUACUUAAUAACCAUAGGUCCUUUUCCACUUUUAUAUCAUACCAUUCUUCUAAGGAACUAAAGACAGAGUACAUGGUUCUUGCCUCCCUUCACCUCCACAUUUUGCCCUCUCAAAAACAAACAAACAAAGACAAACAAAACAAAAGAAACAGACAAACAAAACAAAAAAAAACCCUUGGAGCUAGACUAGGCUGAGAAGGCAUGGGUGCCUCAAGGUUACCAAGUGGCUGAGCGGGAGUUUCAUACCUAGGUCUACCCAGCCAUAACUUGACACUCUGACCAUUCCACUACGUUGAUUCAAAGCCAAGUAUGGUCUGUGUUGCCCUCUCCACUACAAUGGGCAUUAUGGUUUGAAUGUGGCUUCUGAUCCUCAUUUGCAGGGCAAGCACAAGUAAUUUGGAUGUCUGAGACAGUGCGUCUCAAAGGGAGUCAGAUCACAGUGGAGGAGGAGGAAGAGGGAGGCAAACUGAGCUCUUGACUAGGAUGCUGGCAGCCCAGAUUUCUAGUCCCUACUUGGCCAUGAAGCUCACUUGGCUGAUGAUGCACCAGUCACUGUCUCUCAACCUUCCCUGCCUUCCAAGGCUCUUUGUGAGGCUGCAGUGAAGAACUAGAUAUGCUGCAUUGAGUAAAAGGUGGGAUAUAAAUGCAAAAUACCAGUUAGUAAGCUUUGAAGCAUGUUCUCCUUUGCCAUAGCAUGGCAAUAUAUGUGGACUAAGUUAGAAUUGAAAGAGGGAUAAAAUAAAGGGUCGUCGUCAUUGCUUCCCCACCCCGCCAUUCUCAUCUGAAGUUCUCUAAUCCAGACUCUUCCUGGUGUCUGAUUUCCUGCAGCACAGUUAUUGGCAAGUUAAACGCUGGUCUGCCAGGCUUUUAACUAAGACAAACCACACUCCAUUCUCUGAAGCCUGGGUUCUGUCUUCUCACUUAUUGCUAAUAUGUUCUUUACAGGUAAUUGAACUUAAAACAAAAUCAGAAGAAGCUCUAAAUGCCAAGAUAAAGAAGGCUCUGGAGAGCCUAGAAGAGGUUAAGAGGAGAAAGGUAACUGGUGACAGAAGACUGCAAGCAAUUCUGCUUGAGGGUUCAGCAGCUAGAAACUCCUGGCCCCAGAUUUGGCCCUUUGAGGAGUGACAGCUGCUCCCACGUUUUCAACUUGGAGGUGAAAGACAGCAGCUGCUGGAAUGGGAGAUUUGUGAAAGGCCGUUUUGGAGGGUUGGAAAUUAAGGUCUGGGCUCAUCCACUUCCCACAUCUCAAAGCAUGUCUCUGAGAUAAACCAGUUACUGAUUUAAGUGCUGUAUUAAGAAAGUUUUCUAAUUCAAGUGAAUCAUAAUCUCCUCCCUCCCAACUGCCCCCAAAAUUUGUUAAGAAUAACACACCCUGGGGAGAAGGAAACUGAUGAAGGACAAGAUGCAAAUUGAACAAAUAAAUAACUAAACAUGAAGGUUUGCUGGUUUGAUUUUCUCCUAGCCCCUUUGACAAUGGCUUUAUCUGAAAAAGUCACCCAUGUGCUGAGCAAAAUGAAUGAGUUCUGUUUGGGGGUUUGCUCGUUUUUAGACAGUGGCAGAAGAGAAACUAACCGUCUGGGAGAAACGUCUGAAGAGCAUUGAGAAUGAGAAUGAGAUGCAGAAGCAGAAGCAUCAGGAGGAGAUAACAGAAUAUAAGGAACAGAUCAAGCAACACUCAAAGACAAUAGUGGACUUGGAAAACAAAUUUGUGGAAGCUGUCCAGAAGCUGAAGGCGGCAAAGGAGGAAAAUGCAAAGCUUCAGAAGCAAAUAGAAGGUCAGCAGAGAAAACAGAGAAUGCUCUUGUCUGGUGCCCUUGGCAUAUCCUGUCAUACUUGGGGCCAGUUCACGCCAACAAACUGCACUGAAGUUUUCUAAAAUAACCUGCUGAUUGAUUAACUCAAGGGGUGACUUUUUUCUUAAAUCAAAAUGUUUUAAUCAGUUACUCUAACUGAGUAAACAAUUAAUUGUUGAUUUAAACCAGCCUUUUCUAAGCUAGCGGCCUCCAGAUGUUUUGGACUAUGACUCUCUUUACCCCCAGCAAACACGGGGAUGAUGUGAGUUGUAGUCUGAAAAACGAUCCUGAGAGUAUCUAACCAUCUUAGGGACAACUGAUUAAUCUGAAUAGUUUACUGAUCAAAAAAGCCUAUUGUUGAACUCCAGACAGAUUUAAAUGUUCUCUUAAUGCUUUCCAUUUCUUUUUAAAAUGUUUUAAAUAAUGUUUUUUUUAAUUGUAUGGUUUUAUUACUCUGCUGUUUGCCAUUCUCUUCUUGAGAAGUCAUCAGGAUAAUAAUCCAGAUGUGAAACCUUACAUUUCUCAGAAGAUUUUUAUAUUUUUGGGUGUCUCUCUUUUUCCUCAGACAUGCAGAGGGAAUUUUGCAAGUUGUUGCCAACUCAUCCACCAGAGGUUCCUUGCCCGGAAGGGUCUGCUGUUUUCCUGAAGUAAGUCUCUAAAUUUCCUAUCGGCUUCCUAUUGCUGCUUUCUAUAGCAUAAUUACUCAAAAGCUGUGGGAAAAGGAAGUCUUGGAAAUAGCAAUAUAUGUUUGUGAGAAUUCUAAACAGGGGUAAUGAGUCAUAUUUCCAAAGUGCAUUAUAAUAUUUUGAGGCUUGUCUAAUCAGUCUCCCAUUCUGGUGGCAUAACUUGACAGUAUGCUAAUGAGCCCCUUUGAUGAAAGCCAUCUGCAUUUGUACCCCCCAAAUACGUAUUGACUCCCAUAAAAACUGGAGGGAGUUUUUUUCAUAAUCUUCCUCAUGAUAGACUUAAAAGGUUUUAAAAUAAUCAAAUAAAGAAUGAGCAUCUCAAGCUGCGUUAUUCAGACUGAAUUUUUUGCUUCUUCAUUUUUGUUUCACAAACUUCAGGGAAGGAUUAGCAGCUGCAAAGCAUGAAAUCGUGUCCAACCAGGCUGUCAUUUCAGAGUUAAAGAAGGAACUCUCAGAAGCCAGAGCCAGGGUGUCUGAUGUGAUUGGUUUGUGAAAUGGCAUCACGUAACUUAAUAUGUUUUUUACCACCUUCCCUCCUAUCCUCAGCCUGGAGCCUAUUAGAUGUUUUCCAACUACAACUCCCAGCUGGCUGGACCUGAUGGGAGUUAUAGUCUAAAACACCCAGAUAGCACCAAGAAUGCUCUGUCCAUACCUAUCUGGGAGCAAGACCUGUGAAACUCAGUCAAACAUAGGAUUGCACUGUUAAGAACUAAAAAACUGGAACACCUUAAGAGAAAGGGACAGUGGAUCAGUUCAAUCAGAGACCGAAUUUCUGCUUGCUAAUAGAGAGAAAGAUACUGCUGGGAAAGUGUCUUCCUUUGUCUGGGCUGCAGCAAAUACAUAUAUAAAAUGUGUGCCAGUUUUUAUGGUGCAUGAUGGCCCUGUUGCUGUUUGUUUAUGAUGCUUUGCUUUUACUUUGUUGGCAAGCAUGCAUAGGGGGCUACAGCUUGGAAAGUGUUUGAGAAGAGGGAGUUCCAUAUUUAUAGAUUUGGGGUGAGCAAGCUGUGACUCUCCGGAAACUGUUGGACUCCAACUCCCAUCAGCCCUUGAGCUUUGGCCAGGCAGGUUGGGCCUGAUGGGAGUUGGAGUUCAGCAACAUCUGGAGAGCUGCAGCUUGCCCACCUCUGUGGUAGAGCCAACACUGUAAAUGGCUCUAGGAUCCUUUGCUGUGCUAAUGCGACACAGAGAUGCUUUUAAAGAAGAUCUUCCUUCAUUGAACAAAUGCCCCUAUGGAGACCAAGUUUCUAAUAUCCAAAGUUUGGUUAGGAGAAAAUGGGAGCACCUGUCAGCUCACACAAUCCUUCCUCCUCCCUUAUCAUGCACAGAGCUUCCUUUUUCUUCCUUUUUGACGGUGUUUCAUCUACACCAAUGUUAAUCCAGUUCGCACUAGAAUGUCUGCAUCCCCAGGUUGUAAACCCAGGUUUGAAACUAACCAUGGUUAGUGUUAAAAUUGCUGCAGGUGUAACAUUGCACAAAGCUAGCACAAAAACAGAGAGAAGGUGAACGGUCGCAUGUACCAGAGGAAAGAGAAAAUGAAAAGUAUUGUGGGAGCCCACAGUGCAAUCCCCCUCUUCCGAGUCAGGGCUAGGAAGUGAAGCCCUCUUAGGUGUAUUGGGCCAUGGUACUGAAAGUUUGGUCAUAGUUCAUCAUCUCGGUCUUUCCUGUUCCUGGGUGUGUGUGUCUGCAUCAGGAGUGGCAAACCUCUGGCCCUCCAGAUGUUGGACCUCCAACUUCCAUCAGUCCCAGCCAUCAUGUAAAUCUAUAGGAUCUACAGCUAAGAUAGCCCAAAACCACUCCAAACUCUCUUUGUGCAGGAGAACUCAGUGAAAAACAGAAGAUGGAGCUAGAGCAGAAACGGCGUCUUGUCCACAGCCAAGCCCACGAACUCAACCAGCUUCGAGAGAAACUCUUUGAGAUGUCCAAGCUUGUGGACCAGAAAGAUGCAGACCUCAAAGCACAAAGCGAAGAAUUAAGGUAGGGAGUUGUUUGUAUCACACUUUUCAUCCAAGGAGCUCAAGGCAACAUUCAUGGUUCCCUCCCAGACUUGCCCUCACAACAACUCUAUGAGGUUGGUUCGGCUGAGAUAUAGUGACUAGCCCAGGGCCGCCCAGCAAGUUUUGUGGCAGAGUAUUUGAACCCAUGUCUCCUCAGUCCCAGCCUGAUUACUCUUAGCACUAUGACAGACUGAUCUCUAGUGUGAGGCCAUUGCUGCGAGUGCAGGGGGCAGGGCUUGGUGGCUGCCUUGGAUGGGCUGCACUAAAUACAGCCGCACCAGAACUCUUUCCUGGUGGUGGUGGUAGCUCUGGGAGUACAGAUGGAAGGUCCCAGCUGUAGCCCCUUGAUAUCUCAAUUUUAAAAAGGGGAGUCAGAAGGGAUGGAAAAGCCUAUAGAAAGCUGGUCCCAGACCCAGUAGAUGUUGCUGGGCUUGUUCAGCCAGUAUGUUGACUCUGCUGCUUCCUCCUAACCUCUGUUCUUCACUAGAUGCUUGCUAACAUCAGCUUUUGGUCUCCACCACCCAUCAUUCUCCUUUAGCAACAACUUCUCCUCCUCCUUCCCCUCUUCCUUUUUGGAGUGCAGGAAUAUCAGAGGGAAGCUGCAGGAGCUGGCGACAGAGAGGAAGGAAAAGGCAGGUGAGCCCAAGAAAAUUGCGCAGCACAAGAGCGUGCAGACAAGGUCCUCCACCCCGGACGAAGCCCCCACAAGCAAGAAGGCAAGUGGCACUCGAAGCAGGGAACACUGUGGAGCACUCUGGUAGUACAGGUGGGGACCUCUCCUGCACCUGGUAUUUGCCUUCGGAGCAAUGCGCUGGGAACAUGGAUGCAGAAGACUUGGGGUACCAAAGGCCUGUCAACCAGAUUGACUGUGGCGAGCUGUAAAAUGGGAUAAUAAGAUGGCUCAGCUUUCAGGAUCAUUGUAAAGAACACAGGGAGAUCUGUAUGCAGAGUCCAAUUACGGGUCCAAUUAGUAUUGUCUGCACCAGCAGUGGAGAACCUCCAACCCACGGGGCUUAUGGCUAAGCCUUGCCCAUCUACUCUACCCUGACGCCGUAUAUACAAUGUCAGGUGUCAGGCAGCUAUAAGGUGGAGCUGGUCUGCAGUCACCAGUGCUGAAAGGUUUUAGAUAAGGGUCUUUUCUAGCCCAAAUUUGGUAUGCUAGGGAUUGAACUUGGUCAGGAAUCUUGUCUUGAAACAGCCACAUGGCUGAUUGAUUUCAACUGCUUGUCUCUGUGCCAGCAGGACAAAGGUGGAGGACUCUUUUUGGCCCAAAGGUGAAUUCCUUUGUGGGCAGGUUUUCAGGGGCUACUUGUCAGAGGGGAGGGAUGUGGCUUGGGAAGAGGGCAGCAUGACUUGGCCCCUGGGGCUGAGGUUCCCCACCCUUGUGUCACAAGAGCAUGCAGGUCAGUAAUCACACAGUUCAAAGUUGGAGUUAACUCUUUAUUAGCAAACACAUGAUUGCCACAGACAUGGUUGAGUGUCAGGUCUAAUGAGCACAGCAGCUCAUUCUCAGUGGUCUUCCUCUAUGAAAAUCAGUUGCCAAGACUGAAAGUCCCCGCCUCUUAUCACCUAAGUCCCCACCUCUCCAGGGCGUUUCCAGGGAACCAGAGACUGCGCCUGCAUGCAGACACAGUCCCCUCCACCCUUUUCAUGCCUCUUCUGGUUCUGGGAGACCAGGGGAGAGGGAAGCUUGUCACAGCACACAGGGGAGACCCUCAUGACUCUUCUCCAGCAUGACUCAUCUCUAUCUCUUGGCCUCCCUCCCUCCAUUCUCCUGCUUCAGCUUCUGCCUCUGAUUCUGGACUUUUCUCUGCCACAAACUUUCCUGGCUUACUAAGCCCUGCCACCUCUUCACCUCUUCCCAAUUUUCUCCCCCUGACCACUCAUCAUCGUGCCACCACCAAUCCCCAGGCUCGGAGCCUUUUUCCCUUGGGUUUUCCCAGCUGGUUUCUCCCAUAAUUCCUCUGUGUCCAACCAGCCCAUGACAUCUUGCUCCAAAAGAAUUGUGCCUGUUGGAAGCAAACAAAAUGACUGAAGAUGCCCUUUAUGUUUAAUUGCUCUAAAGCUGUUGAAUGAGUCAGCAUUGCCAAAAUGUCAUUUUCUGCCUGUAAUGAUCCAUUGUAACCUAGAAAAAUGACAGCGUACCCAGAGCCUGACUAAGUGAGACCCUGCAUAUCUCACCAAGCGAUGAUCUUAACGAUGAGCAUUCACAUAACCUACACGGUCUCAUUAAUAUUCAGGGAAGGGAGGCAGCCUGUUUGGAAUGCGACAGGCUGCAUGUGCAGUCCCUGGCACCUCAAAGUUGGGCUAGAAAAUGCUUCUAUUUGAAGUCUUUUAGUGUUGUUGCCAGUCAGUGUAGACCAGCUCUGUCUUUUCCCUGCAUCAUAUAUGGUGUAAGGUGCAGAGCAGGUGGGCAAGGCUUGGCCAAAUCGGGGGCCUAAUUUAUGGUCACCAGAUUGUUUUUCAAUGAAUCCAGGGACACUUUUUUUUUUUUGAAGCUGAGUAGCAACAGGGAGUCAGUAGUGGGGAUGGUGAGGCAAAAGACACAAGCACACAUACAUAUUGUAUAAAGGUGCAAAGCCCUUCUUUCGCAACCUGUGAAACAUAAAUGUGCAGAGUUUUUUAAAAACUGGGCAAUGGCGUGCCGCCGCCCAUGACUCCCGAGCCUCCCCCGAUCUCCUGCCCCCUUCCUCCAUUGUUUUGACUGAUCAGGGGAGAUUUGGGACUCACGGGCAGGUGACGCCCGUUUUUACAAAACUCUGCACAUUUAUGUUUCACAGGGUGCAAAAGAAGGGCUUUGCACCUUGCCUGGCAGAGAAACCAUGCGCCUUGUGCCCCUCCUGGGCAGCGCCUGCCUGCCCGUGACUCCCAAGCUUCCCCCGAUCUGUCAAAACAAAGGGGGAAGGGAGCAGGAGAUCUGCACCGCCAGACAUCCCUGGUUCCCCUUCGGCAGUGGCAGCAGCAGUGAGCAGCUCCUGAAGCCAGCCGGAGCCAACUGCGCCACCAGGCUGGCUCUGGGCUGCUGAGGCUGCCACUGCCACGUUUCCCGGGGACAGAUUUGCAAAUCUGGGGACAUUCCGGGGACGGAAUUUGUCUGGGGACAGAUUUGCAAAUCCAGGGACGUCUGGUAACCCUAGCCUAAUUAGACCCACGGGCUGGAGGUUCUCCUCUGCUGGUGCAGAUAGUACUAGCCGCACCCAUGCUCUGAUUCUGUCUGCAGCAGCUUCCUGCAUUCCUUAUGAUGAUCCUGCAAGCUGAGCCAUCUUCUUAUCCCCAUUUUGCAGAUGGAAGUGUUGAAACUGAGUGCUAGUGGCUUGCAUACAACCAAUUAGCGAGAGUUGAGAUUUGAACUGGGGGCUACCACUUGCACUGUUAACAACAGGCUGUGCCAGCUCUCACCUGUAAACUGAUACUUGCUCAGGGGAGCAGAUUGGUCAUGUCGUAGCUUAACCACUCUCCGGUAUUCAUGUGGCACUUUGCAUUCAUGCAGCCUGCUGUCUUCCCAUCUGGUGAAGACACGAAACACAGAGCCUUUGCACAGUAGGUAGGUCAGCUUGCCCUUCAGCUCCAGUAAUAGGAACCAGCCCUGUCCGUGCUGCUAGUACAAGUAACUGCCAUUGAUGCUGCAGCAUGAGGGCUCCAGUACAGCUGCUGUGAAGCCCAGCUGAAUUGGGCAAAGAACUUCUUCAUCUUGGGUGGAUGAAGCAGGACCCAGAAGCCUGUUGUUCUGUCCAACAGAACCUCCCUGGAGCUGUUGCAGGAUUGUUCCCCAAGAGGAGGCAACCCCCUGCAGCUCAAGCAUCAGCACACGAUUUUGCUAACAUUUAUCUCCUGUCCCAUGUAACUUGAUUCUCAUUAAGUACCUAUCAUCCAGGCAUGUUGUGAUAGGUAACUGGCAAAUGUUUUUAUAGCGCUUUGCAGAAUGUGAAGUCUUGUUAACUGCUAAGUGUGAUUGUAAUUGCUCAUUAGAGUUGGAAAGGCAGCUUGUGGGAGAAAAUAAAAAGGGACGUGCUCAGGCUCUCCCAUUUUAUUCCACAAAUACUUGCACAAGUGCACACAAAGCAGAGUGGUCUUAUGGUCCUAGGUCUUUUGCAAAUAAUGGUUUUAUCUACCCUAAGGAAAGCCAUGGGCAAAUUUUCAAAGUCUUUUCUGGGCCAUAUGUAGCAGCAACUAAUUAGAUUGCGUCUGCUAAGCAAUUUGGACAAGAAUAGUUCCUUUUCAUUGGGGGAUUAGGGUGGACUUUGAGGUUUCUUACUCUGAUUUUUUAAAAGGACAGAGAAAUAUAUAUAUAUAUUAAUUUAACUUGUUCGUUACUAUAAUUUCUGUAUACAAAACAGCUUAUAAACUAUUUCCAUCUGUAUACUCAAAUUCUGAACACUUAAAAAACUAUAUACCUAUAAAAUCAAUAAUAUGCCUCUGCUUUGUUAAAAAUGUGUCAAUUUGGAAUUUUUUAAAAGAAAACUUUGAUAAACUAGGUAAAAAAUAAAUGGGCUCUCAGAAGAUCUAAUAGAGCAAAGGAUUUGUUUAAGGGAGGGGGGAAAAUGUGUGUGCAUGCAGAGUGGAGUGCAUUGCAGAGAUAAGGAAAGAUAAAAACAGGAACCAAGCUUAGCUGAUGUUGUAAAAUCAAGAUGGUGCCCUGAGGUUGCUGUCAGUCUCUGUUCCCUGUACUGUGAGCUGGAACAUUGCCAAGGCAUUUUGAUGCAAGAGAGCUACUUCCCCGUUUUUAAAAAAUGGAACUCUUUGAGGGUGACCUUCUUCCCCUUUUCAUGUAGCGCCUUUUGUAAUUUUUGCAUUGAGGAAUCCACAUGGAAGCGAGUUGCCCAGAGGGGGCCCUUAUCACCUUGUUGCCUCAGAAGAAAAUUAUUAACCUGAGCCUGUUUCCUUCAGGUAUCGUCCGUGAGCCUUGCUGAUCUGGGAGCAAGAUGCAAAGGCUCCAGACACGAGGAAAUCAUCAGUCGCCAGAAAGGCGCCCUGGCUGAGCUGCGGCAAAGAGUCAGAAUGCUAGAAAGGGGUCACCCAUUGGGUGAGUGCUACAUUUAAUGGAACGCUUGCAGGCCGUGAUUUGUGCAGUUAGCUUUUGCAAGUUGUGAGAUGAAUUUGGGUACCUGAGAAACAGCAGUAAGAAAUCAAGCAUUGCUGUAAGGCUUCACCCCUGCAAGCACCUGCACAGGUCUAGUGUAAAACACACACACAUGGUCACAAGUAGCUUGUUAGUGGAACUACUACAUGCCUUUAAAUUCAGGUAAAGGUAAAGGGGACCCCUGACCAUUAGGUCCAGUCGUGACCAACUCUGGGGUUGCGGCGCUCAUCUCGCUUUAUUGCCCGAGGGAGCCGGCGUACAGCUUCCGGGUCAUGUGGCCAGCAUGACUAAGCCGUUUCUGGCGAACCAGAGCAGCGCACGGAAACACCGUUUACCUUCCCGCUGGAGCGGUACCUAUUUAUCUACUUGCACUUUGACGUGCUUUCAAACUGCUAGGUUGGCAGGAGCAGGGACCGAGCAACGGGAGCUCACCCUGUCGCGGGGAUUCAAACCGGCGACCUUCUGAUCAUAGAAUCAUAGAAUCAUAGAGUUGGAAGAGACCACAAGGGCCAUCGAGUCCAACCCCCUGCCAAGCAGGAAGCUUGAUCGGCAAGUCCUAGGCUCUGUGGUUUAACCCACAGCGCCACCCGCAUCCCUAAAUUCAGGUACAAAUGCUCAAAAGGGCUAAGUUCCACCUCAUGAGGAGUUGCUCAUGAGGAGUUCUUCAUAGCACUGCAACACCUGCCUUGCUCUGUGGGCUCUUCCAGGGGCCCAGAAUAGACAUCACCACAUCCUUGUGUCAGAAACUUCUAUAGCAGGGGUGGAGAUCCUCAGACCCAGGAGCCAAAUGUGGUCCUCCACUCCUCUGUCUGGCCCUUGGGAUGCUCCCCAGCCACACCCCUUCUCCCCAAGCUAUGCCCCUCACCACUCCUGCUUUGCACCCUCUUAAGUAUUUUUGCCUGGCGGGACUGAGUCUUUGAAGUCUGAUAAUGCUCUUUGCUUGCCCGGGUAGAGAACAGAGAGAAUGGUGCAAGUGUCUGCAGAUACUCAAAGAGGUGAAAAUUCACAUUUGUUGUUCCACCCCCUUCAGCCUCUGGCUCCACCCACCACUGGCAGGUGGCCCUCAGACUCCCUGCCCCAUUCUGUGAAUUAAUAGAAAGAGAGCAAUUUAAUGAAUUGCCAUUGUGUGUGUGUAAAGGAUUAAACACCUGCUCACCACUUCUCCAGUUGAAUUUUGAAUCAUGUGAGAUAGAAAGUGUCUAGUCCAUAUCACCAAAUGAGCUUUGCUGCUCAGCAGAGAUUUGAACCUGGCCCUGUCCUGUCGUGCCCUAGUUCCAAGCACUCCACCCCAUAGUCUUCUCCCUCUUUUCCCUGGAAUCUUUCAUCCUGUGCAAAACGUGUUUAAUGUGAGUUUCAAGUGAAACGGGAAGUGGCACAGUACGACGACUUCUCUUUCUCAGGUUUUGAAGAGAGAAUUGGAGAGCCACUUAGAGUGCUUAAAAAAGGCCCAGCUGAGAAGGGAGAUGAAAGAACAGAGAAGGAGCAGGUGACAACCCUGAUGACAGCAGCGGAUGCUAAUCAGGUAAACUGAACAAUGCACGGUAUCCUGGUGAUGCUUUCUUUAGAAAACGUGUCAUGAAAGGAAGGAAGAAUAUUUGUUGAUGUCUUUUUGGCCAUAGCUCCCACCUCGAUAAUCUAUUCUGAAUAUUUCAGAAUACAUUAUUUCACAUUAGGAAGAACUUUCUGACAGUAAGAGCUGUUUGGUAGUGGAAUGGGCUCCCUCAGAAGGUGGUAGACUCUCCUUCCUUGGAGGUUUUUAAACAGAGGGUGGAUCAGUCAUCUGCUAUGGAUUCUUUAGGUGUGAUUCCUGCAUUGCAGGGGGUUGGAGCUACAAUGCUAUGAUUCUGUUUCCUUUACCCUCCCAGCUUCAAAGCAGUGUUUCCAGAACAGAUCCCAACUUGACCAUAGAGAGGACUGCGAAGCUGGAAAUGGCUGACGCUUUAGACCUCAGUGAGAACAUGGUAUGAAAAUGAAGAAUGUGUUAAAGUACUUGGGGGGGGGCUUUAUGUUGCAGAGGACAUCACAGCAUGCAGUCCUCUCCUGAUCUGUGUCUAGGGGCAGAGAUGUGCUCCCAAGAGAGGAUGCUACAAAUACUGUUAUUACCAUGCGCGUACAUCAGCGAUGGUGUCAGGUUUGAGCCCGCCCAUCAGCAAGUGCCCUCAAGUACCCACCACAUCCCCUGCCUUCAGCAGGCUUACCCUUGCCAUGAUGGUGGCAAGACUGUCAGCAGGCAGCCGCAUUGCAGUCUGCAGGACGUGGCUGUGAGCAACCCAAAAGUUUUUUUAAAGAUCUACCACAAUGCCCAGAACCAUCCUCUACCACCAUGGCUUAGGGUUAGAUGGGCAUGCCCUUCCAGGGCAGCUUGGCUUCAGCAAAUUCCCAAAGGUGCCAGAAGCUGACACUGACCUUCAUUUGCAUCAGGGCUGAGAAACCUCAGACUCGGGGGGCCAAAUGUGGCCCUCCAGGCUUCUCUUACCUGAACUCCUGCCAGGCCACCUCCGCUUCCUUCCUCUGGCUCAAGUGUGUCUGCCUGGGUGGACUAUACAGGGAGAUGUAUGUAGGGUCGGCCGUGUGUAGAAACCUCUGACAUAACAAGGGUAAGAGUCAUAUCUGUGGCUGCACCCAAUUCUGCCUGUGGCCCUACCCAUCGCUGACAUGUGGCCCCCAGAAGGUUACCCAUGAGGGAGUACGGCCCUCAGGCUGAAAAAGGUACCCUGCCUCUGGUUUACGAGACUGCAUAGUACUGAUCAUAGCCCUCCUAUGGAUUACAGGUGGGUGAAUCAGGAACACAAGUGGGUUGCUCGCUUAGCUCUGCAUCUCCAGUGGUAAUGCAAAGCGAAGACAUCUGCUUGAUUUCAGAGUGGGGGUUCUUUUUCCAGCUUGGGAAAAUCUUGCCAUUCUCACCGAUAGUUUGCUCCCUGCUCUUUCCCUCCAGUACCUCAGCCUGAUCCAGGAUCUCGCCAACCUGGUGAACGUCAAGGAGCUGACAGGGAUGCAGACGGUGAAGCACCUUCCUUACGAUGAGAGGGAGAAGCUCGGGGUGCGACGGCAGAAGGACCUCGGGCUGCUCUUUGACAAGAUCAGGAAGCUCAAGGAUCGCCUCGAGAGGAAAGAGUCGCUGCUGAAAGAGUACGAAAGGGACGUCGGGCAGUUCAGGUACAAAGGUGACACGCACACACACUGUCUUUGGGGCACCUUUCUUUUUCAAAGAGCCUUUUGUAUUGAUUUUAUGCCCCGCCUUUUUCCUUGACGGACUCAAGUCAGCUUACAGAUAAAAUAAGAACAGCUAAAAACAUAGGAGAGCAGGAAACCAGUCAUUCAAAAACAACUAAACAUUAAUAGAAUUAAAACUCUCUCUCUCUGUGUAUAUAUAUAUAUAUGAAAUAUCUUUUUUUAAAAAACAGAUGAUUGCAAUAAAAAUGGCAUGGCACCAGCCCUUUAAUUAAGGGGAGACUCCUGAUAAAUUAACUUAGUCUGCGUCUGUUUUGGAUUUGAAAUUAUUUGUAUAUGUAUUUUUAUUCUUCAUUUUUUAAUUAAUGAUUUUAUCAUGUUUCUGUUAAUUUUGAACUGUUUCAUGGAAAGGGAUUCAGAAACGAAAUGAAAUAGAUAAGGUAGUGCUUGAUAAAUUUGUCAUGAUUGAAGCUCAUUCCAUUUAUUAUGAGGGGUGGUGGCAUGUAUUCAUUUUUUCUGGGUGUUUCUUUACCAUCCACUCAGCGGUGUCCUUAGUGCAGUUAAAUAUAGCCUCAUGCCUGAACAUUGUCUAUAGGCGAGUAAAGAGUUCCUGUAGAUGACCAAGCAGGAGUGCUUUGGGGAAUUUCAAGCACUGGUUACUAAGUUUUUGUUCAUUAGUAACUUUUAAGGACUUACAGAUUUCGCUUAUUGUAAGCUUCAGGGUGAUGUUUCCCUUUUAUAAUGCGGUUUGCAACACACCAACUUCCAGCUACCCUGUCUGUCUCAUCGUACAGGACAAACAAGCAGACUCUGCAAGCCUGCCAGUCUGAGCUGGCCAAAUUGGCUGACAAGAUCUACCGAGAAGCUGAAGAGAAGGCUUUGCUGAAAGAAGCUCUGGAGAGGACUAAAUUGCAGCUGACUCAGGAGAAGAAGCUGAACAGGGCGCUCAAACAGCAUAAGGUAGGUAACAGAGAUCCACAGCGCCACUGGCAAACCUCUGCACAGCUACACUGCCGGUGUGAAGGCCGUUUAGCAACCUCUGCACUUGGGCAGGUGUCAUUUGACAGCAUCUUCCAGGCAGCUGCUGUGUGUGUAUUUUGCUUGCCCCUUGGGGAGGAAAACUGGCUGAGCAAUGGGGAGGGUGUGUGUGCCUUCCCCUUAGGGCCAGAUCUUGAAGGGUAGCCAUCAUCCCAGGGGGAGAAUCCAGCUUAGCUUCAUUCACGGGGCGAAAGGAGAACAGGAUUCAGUCAAUUGGGGGUAGGAGGCAGGAGGCAGAAGGGACAGAGAAAGUCUUUUUCACAUAGGGACCCUUUGCACAGAAGCUAGUUCAAGCAGCCUUGUAAGUAAGCCCGCCCCCAUCAAGUUCCUAGACUGCAGGAAAGAUACUACUUCCCUGCUGGGGGCUAGCAGCAAGGGUAAUGGAGAGCUGUGUCUCUUGGAUGCCAAGGAAGGGGCUUUUUUCCCCUAGCAUCCCACUUGGUUUCCACAUUGGCUGUAGAGGAGGGAUGGAACAUUCUCCUGCCAGCCUCUCACUCUUCUGCAUGGAACUCUGUGUGCUCACCCACAUGCUACCCCUGGUCGCCUAUGGCUGCCAGGCUAGUGUUUAAAUGUAAGGGUGAGUUUUGGGAAGAGGAAGACUCUCCUGGUCUGCUUGUCUUCCAUGGCCACGAGUAUCAGGAUUGGGGAUCCUCCUGGUUGCACGAGCCGCCAUCUGAUUUUCAGUUUCAGGGGCAUGUGGGUUGCUCUGCCCAGUCUGUAGACCACCUGCCCACUAAGCAAGACAAUGCCAGCUAAGGCCACUAUGCAACAGGUUGUCUUACCAUUCAGCAGCACACUGUAGGAUAUAGGAAGCUUAAAGGUAAAGGGACCCCUGACCAUUAGGUCCAGUCGUGACCGACUCUGGGGUUUCGGCAUUCAUCUCACUUUAUUGGCCGAGGGAGCCGGCGUACAGCUUCCGGGUCAUGUGGCCAGCAUGACUAAGCCAUUUCUGGCGAACCAGAGCAGUGCACGGAAACACCGUUUACCUUCCUACUGGAGCGGUACCUAUUUAUCUACUUGCACUUUGACGUGCUUUCGAACUGCUAGGUUGGCAGGAGCGGCGACCAAGCAACAGGAGCUCACCCUGUUGCGGGGAUUCGAACCACCAACCUUCUGAUCGGCAGGUCCUAGCCUCUGUGGUUUAACCCACAGUGCCACCCACGUCCCAAUAAGGAAGUUUAUUGUAUGCCAAAUCUUGGGCACCAGGAUAGACAUUUCCAGAUCUAUUGGCACUAUCUUAAGUGCCAUUUUCGUUCCACGUUCAGCUUGACUGCUGAAAAGCAUCUCCUCCACAGCAUUAAGGAGACCUUAGUAUGGAAGCAGCUUUUCUCUUUCUGCAUUUCUGUAGGGUGAACAGACUUGGAGGCAUCACUUAGGAGCAAGGAAUGAGAAAUCCCUGUACUUGGAGAAACCCAUAGUCACACGCCAUCGAGUUCUGUCCUAAUCCCCGAUGCCAGAGAUGGAGUAUUGUUAGGGCAUCUCUCUCUCUCUUAUUAAAGGCAGCAGGUUGCUGGGGCUUGACUUGCAAACUGAGUUUGGUGACAAUUAUAUACACAAGUGUACAUUCCUAAUUGCUUUAGGCUGCAGUCCUUCACUGACUUACAUCCCUGCCAGUUUAACUGAAAACACAGAGACUUAUUCCAGCGCACUCAACCAACCCAGCUUGGAGAAAAGCAACGGCUGCAUUGUUUCUUAGCUCUGUUGCUUUGCCAGAGAGAGAUUUGCCAUUUGUUCCUUGCUGUUUCCACCCUAGAAUCAGUUAGAGGAGAGGAAGAGUGAGAUUUCGUCAUGUUACGCCUGCACUCUGAAAUUCAGGGAUAGCAAGGUAGGAAAUUGCCCGGCCAGUGUAGUAAGAGUGCCUCUUAGCCGACAAGACAUAAAUGAAGAUAGUUGGAUAAUAUAAGUGGGGAGGGGGAGGUCCUGAAGAGCAGGGAUAUCAUUGGUGGAAACCUGCUUGCUUUUUCAGAAAGCCUUCAAAUUUGUUUUGUGUGUUCUUGGCCCACCAGGCUGUUUUCCCCAAACCACACCACUUGCCCCACAACUGGCGUCAUAUGUGAUAUCCAGUGUGGGGCAGGUAGGAAUGCAGCAGCAAGAUCGAGCUCCUCGCACAUCAUCUGAUAGGCAAGGAUUUUGGUCCUGCUUGGUUUGGGUGUGUGAGCAUUUUCCCCGGGAGGAGCCUGCUGGCACGCCCAUCCCUGAGUUCAUCUGAUGAUGGGCAGAGAGUUUAACCCUGCUUGGUUUGAGUACAUCCACAGGGAAGUCACUGGUGUGCUGAGAGCUUGCAGAAAGCAGGACUGAAACCCUUCGAGUUACCCUUUGUGGAGAAUUCAAUCCUACUCGGUUGCUCUUUGCCCCUAUCCCCGCAAGCUGGUUUUUGACAGGCAUUUGACUCACUGUUUUUGCUAAAGUAUAAAUGUAGAAGCACACACAUGCAUUUUGCUCUGUAUCUUCCCUUCUCUGUCUGCAGACAGCAGCCCCUAAGAAACCAUUCCCUGAAAAGCAGGUGGUUGCGGGGCCAGGAGCAGCCUGUAAGAAACGAGUGCACUGCAGCACUUCUGCGUAGGAACAAUUCUGCUUACCCAAGGAAAGCGACAGAGAAGGAAGAUUCUGGCCAGCUCCUUGUCUAAGCUUGUAAAUAGAAGAUGCUGCUACAACAUUGCAUAAAACACCUGGUGUCUUAUUAUACAGAAUUUAUUUAUAUACAUAUAUGUAUAUGUAUAGACUUAUUUGUACAGAUGAUACUCAUAUAUGGUACAUUGUAUCUUGAUUACGAGAAAUGUAUAGAGACUCAACUCAAAAUUAUGUAUAAAUUCUUAAGAUCUUCCG